GGUGUUUCCAUACACGCGAUGGCCGCACCGGUGGCCGCUGCCACGGCGGACGACGACGCAUAUGCAGACCUGUACGAGAAGUUCACGUACCUGCAGCAACAAACAAAUCGUUUGGCAGCGGCGUACACUCUCGCCACGCAAGACUUGGACACCCUUCAUGGAGACAACAAGAUCCUCAAGGAUAAGUUGCUCCAAAUACGUGUGCGGCGGCGGAAUCUCGCGGCGCAGGCCCAGGCCACGAUGGGUGCCAACAUGAAUGCCAAGGCGCUGUUCUGUCGUCGUAAUCGGCGUGUCCUUCGGAAGCAGUUUCCUCUCAUUUCGAGGGAGCAACUGUCGGUAAUCGUCGCGGACGAAUGGGAGUCCCUGCCACCGGAUGCUUCCGAGCAAUGGCAGCGCGAAUUCAUGUCGUACGUUCCCCAACCGGUACCGAUGGCCGUGAAAGACGAGGUGGUGGCAUCGCGAGCAUCUGGCUCCUCGUCCGUGCCUUCCUCCUCGACGCCUGCGAUGGCGGACACGACUACUCCAUUGAAGAAAGCCCCUGCCAAGUCCCGUCGAAAGCCACCGGCCAAGGCGACCACACCAGCAGCCACUCCGGACGAUGUAGUUCCCAAGCCUAAAUCGAGGCGAGCCACCCCCAAGAAGAAGGCGGAGACCGCUCCUGCUGCGUCCGACAAGAAGCCAGCAAAGAAACCCCGCCCGUCUCCGGCCAAAACGACCAAAGCUACCCCAAAGCGAACCACCCAGCCUAAGGCCAAAGUGGCAAAGCAGACUUCGCCAGCCAAAAAGAAAGAUAUCGCGGUGGCCAAGGACUCGGACUCGGACUCGAACAACAGCAGCAUGGCGCCCAGCGACGACGACAGCGACGACAACCUGAUGAAUUUGCCCACUGGGGCGUUUGGUUAGGUUAGUUUUAACUGAUGCAUGACCCGCUGGAUGCUGUCGGAGCGGAAGCGCAGCGCAAGUCGCGCCUCGAUUUCAUUGCGGGGCAUGUGAUCUCGGAUGCUGUCGUACUCCAACACGUCCGAUGCCUUUGCCAAGUUCACCAACAGCACAAUCUAACACCACCCCAAGUAUAAGAUAUAUAUAUAUAUAUAUAUAUA